AUGGCCGCUCUUUCCGCCGUGAAUCGGUCUAUCUGCAUGCUCUUUCUGGCCGGCGCCACUUUGUUGCUCAUCCUAAUCGUCCUGUCAGGGUCCACCACAAACUUCCCAGUGGACCGCUUCUACUGGCUCCAGGCAGACACCUCGGGCAUCUCCGGCGCGCCCUCGGGCCAGGCCCGCUGGACCUUUUGGGGACUGUGCUCCCGUGACGCCUCCAACAAGCUCGUGUGCCCCGACCUGGCCCCCGCAUACCCCAUAUCGCCCCGCGACAACUUUGGCCAGGCCGCCACCAGCGAGCUGCCCUCCGAUUUCGUCAGCUCGCGCUCCACCUACUACUACCUCACGCGUUUCGCGUUCUGUUUCUUCUGGAUCGCCCUCGCCUUCUUGGGCGUGUCGCUCUUGCUGUACGCGUUCUCGUGGUGCUCCUACUCCUUCACCAAAGUGGUGUUUUUGCUGGCCUCCGUGGGCGCGCUUUUCGACGUGGCCGCCGUGAGUUGCCAAACCGCCGCAACUGUCAUGGCCCGCAACGCAUUCCACGACGCUGGUCGCUCCGCUAACAUCAGUGCCACGCUGUUCGGUAUCGCCUGGGCGAGUGUGGCAUGCUCUUUGUACAUCUUCUUCGGCACCGGUGUCUCGUUCAUGCGUCGCGCCUACCAAUCCCACAAGGAGUACGUGGAAAUGCAAAAAUAUAAGGAACAAGCCUUGAUGUACCAGGGUAAGCAGGAGGCAUUGCAACCAGACGUCGAGUCGUACCCCAUCCACGACAACGCCGAGGUCCAUGACAGCAUGAACCCUACCGGGUUCGUGGCACCUGUUCCUGAAACCCAACCCGAGUCUCACCACAGUGGCAUCAAGUUUUUCAAGAUCCGUAAGACUCAGAAGGCCGGUGACCAAGAAAGCGUUUAA